AUGUCCCUCCAAGACAAGGUCGUUGUCGUCACGGGCGGUUCCAAGGGCAUCGGCCGGGCCAUAGUCAUCGGCGCCGCAGCCCAGGGAGCAAAGGUCGUCGUCAACUACAGUAGCGACUCCUCUGCCGCCGACGAGGUCGUCAGGACAAUCGGCAGCGAGCGCGCCUUCGCCGUGCGCGCCGACAACUCUAAGACGACCGAACUGCAGACCCUCGUCGACUCCACCAUCGACAAGUUCGGCAGAAUCGACGUCCUCAUCCCCAACGCCGCCGUGAUGCACAUGCGCACCGUCGAGAACACGUCGGAGGAAGACUUUGACGUCAUGUUCAACACCAACGUCAAGGGGCCCUACUUUUUGGUACAGAAAGCACUGCCUCACAUGCCCGAGGGCGGCCGAGUCAUUUUCCUGUCCACGACAGUGCUCGCCUCGAGUAACCUUCCCCCGCCAUACCUGCUCUACGCCUCGACCAAGGGCAGCAUUGAGCAGAUGACCAAGUUCAUGGCCAAGGAUCUCGCUGGCAAAGGCAUCACAGUCAACGCCAUCGCCCCAGGCCCAACCGGUACAGAGCUCUUCUACAAAGGCAAGACGGAAGAGAUGAUCAAGCGCGCUGGCGCGAGCAGCCCAUUCAACCGGAUCGGCACACCUGAGGAGGUUGCGUCGGUUGCUCUGUUUCUGGCAAGCAAAGAAUCCUCCUGGGUUACGGGUCAAACAAUCCGUGUUAACGGUGGGGUGGCCUAA